AAAGCGGCAGAGCAGGUACGGGCGUGGGCAGACAUAUGCAAUAGCACGCAGUGAGAUGGGUUUUAGUACUCCUAUAUAUGAUGGGUUUUUGCAUGCAUGCACGCACGCAGAGGCGGCGGGAAAAGAUCAACGACAAGUUGAGGACUCUGCAGCAACUGACGCCCAUGUGCAGCAAGACUGACAAGGCGUCGACACUGGAGGAAGUCAUCAAGUACGUGAAAUCACUUCAGCACCAAGUGCAGGUGAUGUCGGCGCCGAACGGAUACGCCAUGCCGACGCCAAUCUUGCCGCCGCCUUGUAUGCACCUGCCUGCGGGAGAUGUCCUGGGCGGGAAGGCGCCGCCGGCAAUGCUCCCUCUGUACCCAGUUUACCCGAUGGUGUACGCUCGUCCUCACAACGGCACGCCGGUGCCGAUGCCGGCUCUGGCGCCAUAUGCUCAUCGUCAUCCAGGUGAACCAGCUGGGUCUGGCGGCGCCCGGCAGCAGCUGCUUGAUCCUCGUCGUCAUCUUGUCCCCAACGACCUGAUCACAGGUAAGAACAUUGAACUACGCGUGAUGGAUCCCCAUACCGCGCUCAGCCGGGAACGACGACUUUUCCGACACCCACGUACGUACAAUAGUCGGGCAGCCGCAAAGGGAGUUCGCACAUACUACAACGUGGAGAGAUUGAUCGGCCUUGUUGGGUCUUCUGACUGA